AUGCUGUCAGUUCUAAGAUCAUUGGGGAAGGUGCGACUUUAUCUUCACGCCAAUAUCGUGGCCAGGUACAAAGCCACUCAGAAGGUCAAGACGGCACUGAUCAUCCUGGCGCCUGGUGCCGAGCAAAUAGAGUUUACGAUAUCCGCAGAUGUAAGUUUUAUUAAUGUCACUGUAGCGGGUUUGACCUGUGAGCCGGUCAAGUGCUCCCGGUCUGUAGUAAUUGUGACGGACACUUCACUGGAACAGGUCGUGUCCCAUGGAAACUAUGAUGUCGUCGUCCUGCCUGGCGGAUUAGCUGGUAACAAGGCAUUAAUGAACUCGACGGCCGUCGGUGACCUACUGCGUUCUCAGGACUCCAGAGGCGGAUUGAUUGCUGCCAUUUGUGCGGCUCCCACCGCGCUGGCCAAGCACGACAUGGGAAAGGGAAAAUCUAUUACGCACCCAGAUAUGAAGCCCCAGCUGGAAAAACAUUACUGCUAUAAAGACGACGUGGCGGUGGUUCAGGACAAAAAUAUUAUCACAAGUCGCGGUCCUGGCACUUCGUUCGACUUCGCCUUAAAGAUUACCAAGGAGCUGGCUGGAGUUGAAGUGGCCAAAGAGGUGGCGAAGGCAAUGCUUUGGACAUACACAUUUUAA